CGUUCCCACAUGUUCACUGACCUAAAAGGUGGUUUGCCUGACUUGUUCAUCUGUCUGUUUCAAAAUUGCUUAGAUGUGGCUUUCCAGAGGCAUUGAGAGAUAUAUAGGGAGGAUGAUUACUUCUGAAUUCUAGACUUCAGGAACGAAAUACGAGCAGCCUAGGAUGUUGAUGCUGUAUGAAUUCUUCAGUGCUGUAUAGGGUCUUUGUGAGGGCUGAUGCAGCUGACAGACAGUCUCCUCUGUAAGUAACAGACUGGGGGUGGAGGAGUGGUGACCUGUAGCGAGCCUUCCCUGACUUUUUUCAAAGCGUGGAUUGCUGGCUUUCAGGCAGCUAGGCAAGAGACAAAAAAGGACGUGCUAUGGGGGUACCUUUACUUGGGGACAGCAAGCCCUUCUAUUUCCGGAUCUGGAACGGACUAAGUGAGAAGUUACAAGGCAAAAAAUCCUGGGAUAAACAUCUGGAUGAAAUCUACUUACUCCAGCAGAAAAGAAUCUGGGAAUCCCCACUCCUCCAGGCUGCCAAAGAGAACAACCUCCCAGCCAUUAGGAAACUUCUCACUGACGGAACAUGUGAUAUCUAUCAGAGAGGUGCAUUGGGGGAGACUGCCCUUCAUGUAGCUGCCUUGUAUGAUAAUGUGGAGGCUGCAGUGACUCUGAUGGAAGCAGCUCCUGACCUUGUCAAUGAGGGGAUGACAUCAGAGCUGUAUGAAGGGCAGACAGCUCUCCACAUUGCAGCAGUGAACCAGAACGUCACUUUGGUGAAGGCUUUACUCAAGAGAGGGGCCAAUGCUUGCACAGCACGGGCCACUGGGCACUUCUUCAGGUGCAGCUCCCAGAAUCUUCUCUAUUUCGGAGAGCAUGUUUUAUCAUUUGCUGCCUGUGUGGGAAAUGAGGAAAUCGUACAGUUGCUUAUUGAAAGUGGAGCUGACAUUAGAGCCCAAGAUUACCUGGGUAACACUGUUCUUCACAUCCUGGUUCUCCAACCUAAUAAGACAUUUGCCUGCCACAUGUACAGCCUGAUACUUUCCUAUGACAGGAACAAAGAGGGACCAGGAUCACUUGAAUUGAUUCCUAACAAUGAGGGGCUUACUCCAUUCAAACUGGCUGGAGUUGAGGGCAACACUGUGAUGUUUCAAUACCUUAUGCAGAAGCGGAAACACAAUCUCUGGUCCUUUGGCCCCUUGACCACUGUGCUGUAUGAUCUCACAGAGAUUGACUCCUGGGCUGAAGAUCAGUCCUUUCUUGAGCUCAUUGUCUCAACCAAGAAGAGAGAGGCACGCCAGAUCUUGGACCUAACACCCGUGAAGGAGCUGGUGAGCCUGAAGUGGAAUAUGUAUGGUCGUCCCUAUUUCUGUUUCCUGGCUUUAUUCUAUAUACUCUACAUGGUCUGCUUCACUAUGUGCUGCGUCUACCGACCACUGAAACCUCGAACAGGCAACAAAACAAGCGGCAGAGACAAUACAAUCUAUGUCCAGAAAAUGUUGCAGGAAUCAUAUAUGACAUAUGAGGAUGAGCUGAGGCUGGUGGGGGAGCUGAUCACAGUCAUUGGAGCCAUAGUAAUUUUGAUCCUUGAGAUCCCAGAUAUCCUUAGAGUUGGAGCGGCAAAAUACUUUGGACAAACCAUCCUGGGAGGGCCUUUUCACAUAAUUGUCAUCACAUAUGCCUGCAUGAUUCUAGUAACCAUGGUGAUGCGUCUCACCAGCACAACUGGUGAGGUGGUGCCCAUGUCCUUUGCCCUGGUGCUAGGAUGGUGCAAUGUCAUGUACUUCGCAAGAGGCUUCCAGAUGCUCGGACCCUUUACCAUCAUGAUCCAGAAGAUGAUAUUUGGAGAUCUUAUGCGCUUUUGCUGGCUCAUGGCUGUGGUGAUACUAGGCUUUGCAUCAGCUUUUUACAUCAUCUUCCAGACAGAGAACCCUGAAAACCUUGGGCAGUUCUACAACUAUCCCAUGUCCUUGUUCACCACCUUUGAGCUGUUCCUCACUAUCAUUGAUGGCCCUGCAAACUAUGACGUGGACCUGCCCUUUAUGUACAGCGUGGUAUACUUUGCCUUCGCCAUCAUUGCCACCCUCCUUAUGCUCAACUUGUUAAUUGCCAUGAUGGGUGACACUCACUGGAGAGUGGCCCAUGAGCGGGAUGAGCUCUGGAGAGCCCAGGUUGUCGCUACUACUGUCAUGCUGGAGCGGAAACUGCCACGGUGUCUCUGGCCUCGCUCUGGAAUCUGUGGGCGGGAGUAUGGGCUAGGGGACCGAUGGUAUCUCAGAGUUCAAGACAGGGUUGAUCCCAACAAACACAAAAUGAUGCGGUACACAGAAGCAUUUAAGACUCAGGAUAGGGAUAACUAUGACAAAGAUUUGGAAAAGCUGGAAAUCGAUAGGAACAUCCUGUACAAGAAGGAACUGUCUGCUCUGUCAUUGUCACGGAGCACAUCCAGGACUAGUUCUCACCGUGGCUGGGAGAUCCUGAGGCGCAACACCUUCCACCAACUUCGUGGAGAGGUCGGUCAUCAUACCAUGGAAGAGGAGGUCUAUGAUGUCUAAGAAGCCUUUUUUUUUAACUCCACAAUACAGAUCACUUUUGCCACAACAGUUGCCUUCUCCAACUAUUCAUACACACUCCAGCAUGCUACACACAUUUGUCAGCCUUGAAGAACUCUGCUGGUGAACAGUUCAUGACAUCUAUGCUAUGACACAUGAAUGCAGUCUUUUCUCUCCUACUUUUAAGUGUCCCUGCUGUUGCACUGGUACUUGCACCAACUUGGUGGGCUUGUUGAGCUAAGGUCUGUGGUGGUUUGUUAUGCUUUGUAAUGCCUACAGAAAUGCACAAAAGAAGCCAGCAAUGGAUUUCAUCCAUUUACAAAGAAGUGAUGAGUAACCCUCUCCCAGACUGCUACAUACGGUAUAAUCUCUCCCUCUAGUUUCACAAAAUCCCAAUGCUCUCACAGCAUAGAGAACUGACUGAAGUUCUGUUUUAUGAUUUGCUACAGCACUGAAAAAAAACCCUUAGUUACAAAGCUCAGGAAUGAAGGUAGUUGCUGACACUGUGAUGAUUAAAAGGACUCUAACUACUCAGCUGGCAUUCAGGGCCUGGCAGAUUUUGCCCUCUGAAGAAAGGCAGUCUCUAUUAGCUUCAUUUUCAAUAUUGCUAUCUUAGCAGGACUGUUUUGAUUUUGGUUUUGGUUUUGUUCGUUGUUUGGGGUUUUUUUGGUGGUGGUUUUGUUUGUUUGUUUGUUUUAUUUUGUUGUCACAUGAAUGCACUUUAAGCUUUUGAAAUGAAGUGAUUGUUAUUCCUGUGAGGAUUCUGAAGGAUCUGAAGUGGGAACUUCUUUUCCUAAUGAGAGCAUGUAUGACCUGGUUAGGUGACUUUCAGCAGUGUGAAUUUCAGCAGAACUAUUAAUCUCCUAAGUGAGCUGAAGCUGGUCUUUUGUUUUCUGUGAAAGAGUAAGAUUCUGAACCAUAGUUCUCUGAAUUAUUGAGCCAUCAAGGCUGGGUAGUGAGAUACAAUAUAGCACUGAAAGAAAUGGAGAGGAAAUGUUGGCUAGAUGAAUAAGAGCUACUGCAGAGGUGGUUCAUAAACUGGUGUUCUCUCUCUCUCUGAAAGCCUAAAACUAUGCAAUGAACAACCAAGUCAUCUGCACAGUUCCCUUCCAGGCAUGAUGCUGUCAGUUUGUCACCUGGCUAGGGACACCUUAAGAAAAAUGGAGAAAUGUUCAGAGAAAUGGACUGUCAUUUCGAGGUUUUUUGUAUUCUCAGGAGUGUGGAAAGCAAUCAAUGGUCUUAACAUUUCCUUGCAAUGGGACUGGUAACAGAAACUUUGUUUUUUAAGAAACCAAGGAUUAUUAUCCAACACUAGAUUUUGAGCCAAGUCACCCUGUGAAAAUCAAAGGAGAUAAUGAAAAAGCUGAAUCCAGUGGAUUUCUGUUUGUGUUGAAAUAUCACAGCAAACAUCUCCUACAUCUCCUCUCUUGCAGGUGCUGUAGUGAGCAUCAUGAUCUUUGCAACUAUGUGUGUUUAUUUAAAUGUCCUCUUUCUCUUACUUGAACGUGUAUUUAUGUUCCAAUGGAAGACUGACAGAAGACUCUCUUUCCAGAAUACAGCUGCAUACUUUUGAGUUGACUCAUUUUGUUGAAUUGAAAGUGUUGCCUGGUCUAGCUCACUUAAGUAUUGUCAGUCCUUCCCAAAACCUUUGAGGUUUGUACUGGUGGUCUUUGGAAAUAGGAACAAAGUGCCACAUUUACCAGAACUGUGGAUUGCUGCUCUAACUGUAGAUGAAUUUUCUUUCAUAGUGAAUAGGAAAUAGCAGGAAGUGGAGAACUCUCCACAGGCCUCCCCCUGCCCCCAAGUAUGUUAGUCUUUUCACUAGCUUGAAAACCUGCAAAAAUACAAUUAUGAUAGAGCCACAUAUAGCUAAUUCUACAAAAGGACUCCUCUUUGUGACAUAAUAAAAAUAAUAAAUAAUAUUUUUACAACUAGUUUGAAGUAUAAGCUGUGUAAGCCCUGGUUCUGAUUUGUGUUCUUCUUCAUUGCUAUAAACAAUUAUGAGAAUUUUUGAUCUUGGAACUCAAAACAACAUAUUGACAUUACAGGAGACAGAACAGAAAAGAAGAAAUCCAGUAGCAGAUAUUUUUAAGGAAGUGCCUUCUCUUGUAGAAUUACAAUCUGUAAUAGUUAGCUUUCAAACUCCUUGCACGGAACCCAUGCACAGAACAGCAUCAGAACUGUGUGAUUUAUUUCCUCUUAGGCAACAUGCCUCUCUUUGGAGUUGCCUAAUUUAAAUAAGAUAGAGAAUCAUAGAAUGUUUGGGUUGGAAGGGACCUUUAAAGGUCAUCUUGUCCAACCCUCAUGCAAUAAGCAGGGAUGUCUUCAAUCAGCUCAGGUUGCUCAGAGCCGUGCCCAAUCUGAUAUUGAAUGUUUUUAAGGAUGGGGCAUCUACCACCUCUCUAGGCAAUGUGCUCCAGUGUUUCACCUCUCUCACUGUAAAAAAUUUCUUCCUGACUGCUAUUGGAAUUUGGCUUCCAUUUUUCUGAGGUGACUUGCAUAUUAAAAAAAAAUCCUGGAAAAAGACCUCAUUCAAGAGGGAGCAGAAUAUUUUACCAAUAGUCAGUGAUUCCCCAGUCAACUUUGCAUAAUCUUUGUGUCGAUGAUGAGUGGUGCAGACCAUUUUUAGCAUAAUUUAUUCGAUCUGGAGGAUGAAGAACAACAGAAUAAAAUUUGAGGUGGGAAAAGUCAGCAGAUGUAAUGGGCACACCAGAAGUUGGAAAUAUUAAAUUUAACACGGAAGUGUGGAAUACCCAUCCUCUUCCAUUAGGACAUAUAUCACAUGAGCUGUGCCCAUGUGAACCUCAGAUGAUGAAGUAAUAGGAGACACUAAACUAACAUUUGAGCUGGUUCAAUGCAAUCUGGCUCACGCUUGGAAACAGCAAUGACUACAGUCUCACAAAGGCAAUGUGAGAUGUACUCUUGCUGCACUAUUCUGAAUGAAUGUGCUGCUUCAGGAUAUUCUUCAAUUUUUUGCAUUUUGAGUUGUAUCCUAAAAUUCCAAAACAGCGUUGCUCCUCCUUGCUGUUGCAAGAUGUCCUUCCUCGCCCUCCUAACAACUUUGCAAUAAUUUCAAAGCAGGCAUUCCUCUCCUCCUUGAAACUGCUAACUUCAAACUAUCUUCUACAUUACUGAAGCAACUUCUGAGUUUAUAAUAAUGUGAUAAGAAUGAAUGUUUUGAUCCAGUUGCUUGUAGUAAAAUGAGAAGUAUUUUGCUGAAAAUAAAAAUUUUAAAUAUAUGGAGUAUUUUGUCUGCUUCUU